GUUUGUAGCUGAGCCGAGGAGAGUUGGUACUGAUCCAGACUUGAUUUUCAGACGUUGAGCAAGUCCAGCUCUGUAUUGGCCCAAGUUGAGGAAGCAGUCGUCAGUGAAAUGUUUGGCGCUGCCGUGUUCUAGCAACGGGACGGCCAUGUGUUCCUGACCUCAUCUGACUCCCGCGCUGCGUUUGUAUCCAGUGGGCGUGGCCUAUGACGUAUUGGAUCCGGCUUCCUCAUCCGUCGAUUGAUGCUGCCAGAGCAUGGACAUAAUAGAGUGGCGAAGUCACGCCCCUUCCGGUAGGGCUCAUGGGACCUAUGAGAUCGAAAAAUAUGAAUGGGUGUCAAUUAGGGAUUAUCACGCUGAUACGUAUUACUUCCGCUUUUGGUGAUCAUUGUGCACUGUGACAUCCGGUGAAUAACUCAUCACUCUGGCGAAACGAUGAUGGAGGACCGGCAGUUCACUUUCACUACAUCCCUGAUAAAUCUACCCAAAAUCACGUUUUCUGACGUUCACAGACUCACUGAACAACAUUCCAUUACAGCCCGCUCCAAACUGGACAAGGGAUACAGUUUUUUUUUCGAGAAAUAUGUCUACGACUACGAAGUGUCCAACAUCAUUGAUAGGGAGGUGGCUGUCAGGUCUAGGUGUUACAGGUCGAUGAAGAAGCGAGAACAGCCCCACUAUUUGAAGAUUGUUUUCCAAGCUGACGGCGCCAAUCUUCAAGAAACCACAUGCAGCUGUACAGCAGGCAAGGUUCUUUGCAACCAUCUAGUGGCCUUGUUGUUCCAGAGUGCCCAUUACAGCAUGUUGCAGGUGAGAGCUGUACCACCUCCUAUGGCCUGCACAAGCUCUCUGCAAACAUGGCAUCGACCAAGGACUAAGGGGAUCCAUGCAGAGCCGGUUCCAGACUUGGUGGUUAGGAGACCAAAGCCAUCCCCCAGGAGUGUAUGCAAAUCAACUCUCUAUCAAGCAUACACAGGAUCCCUCCCUGACCUGCAAGUCUUGUCUCUUGGGGAAACACUGAAAAAUAUCAGGCCUCAACCACUGAUAUCCUCAGUGCUACAUGGCUUGUCUGAAGUCUCCAUGGUAGACUCCAGCUUCGGACCUGUGCCGCGGGGUUCACCCCUGUCCUACCAGUGUCCUCCUGUGGUCAAACUCAGAAAUGAUGUUCAACAUCCAGAUGCACCAUCAUUCCCUAAACUGCCUUUAGAGGGGUCAACGUGUCCCACUACUUUUCCAAAAUUUGCCUCAAACUCCCAACAGUUUCUCCAUUUGGACAGCUUAACUGUGACACAUGAGAUGGCAGCUGAGAGAGAGGAGCAGACACGUGAGCAGUCUGAGUGCCCAUUAUGGCAAGCUUUACGCAAGCCUAGAGUGACAGCUAGUAGGUUCUAUGAGGUUAGCCAUGUGAAAGGACCGUCUUCUGGUCAGACCCUGGCAGGGCGGAUACUUAAGGGUGUACGCCAAACACCCGCAAUGAAAAGGGGCCUUGAUCGCGAGCCGCAGGUGCUGGAACAAUAUUCAAAACAUUGCAAUGUAAAUGUCUCGCGCUGUGGAUUUGUCAUCCAUCCCGAUGCUCCUCACCUCGGGGCUAGCCCUGAUGCGAGAGUAUAUGACCCAAGUGCCGUUCCGUGUUUUGGGCUGGCUGAAGUUAAAUGCCCAGACAUCUCUAACAUUUCUGAGGCAGGACAUGUUAAAAUCGUGAAUGGUCAGGCAAAACUGAAAAAGAAUCACAAAUACCACUGGCAGGUUCAAGGUCAAUUGGCAAUAACUGGAUUGAGUUGGUGCGAUUUUAUAACCGACACUGAGGAAGACUUCACAGUCGAAAGAGUCUGGAGGGAUGAUGAAUUUAUAAAGGAGAUGAAAAAUAAGGUAGACCUGUACUUCUUUGGUACAUAUAUGAAUGUGUAUUUUCAGCAGAAAGUGAAAUGAACUGAAAGAAUAAAAGGAUUUAAUUAAUUCCCUUUCUCUGAGUACAUAAUUUACUACAUUACAUAUUAACAUUUUGAAUACUUUCUGGAUAGACUGACUGGACUUUAAAAUUGAUUAUAGAUGCAAGACUUCUCAUUCAAUUAUAUACAGAAUUACAGCUCCGGGAAAAAUGAAGGGACCACUCCAAAUGUUCAGUGUCUCUCGUUUUAAUAUUUAUUAUGUUUGAGUAAACACUAUUCUACAGGGAUGUAGCCUUUUAAAUCAAGGGGUCCCUGGAAGUUGGUCAACACGCAGCAGACGGUCCACAGCUGGUUGACUGUCCCAGACAAGGUGAGAGGGACAGUGCGAUCCCAGAUGCGGUACUCCUUGACUCGGCGUAUUGCCCUUUCCACAAGGAUUCGAAGUCGGGCGAUUGCUUGCGUCUUCAGAGCAUCCUC